CUGCCCUUGUUGAGAGGAAUUGAGUCUCUGUUGUAGAGUUUCUCAGUCAUUAUCAAUUGAAUGGUUAGAUCCAUAUAGCGCAGGUACAUCCCCCUGUUACAAAAUGAUAGUGGAAACACUCAGAACCAGCUGGAGGUGGGGUUUCAUUUGUCGACAAAGGAUUUUUUUUUGCAUCGGUCUUUGGUAUUUAACAAAAUUGUACAGGGAAUCCUUUUCCAGUUGAGGCCCAUUUCAAUUUUGCAGAGAGCCGCUGUCAUGUCGACUGGAUCUGUCAGUGACACUGAGGACUUGCGGGAGAUGGAACUACACGGGCUCCAGCUCCGGUGUAACGGUUUCAAGCACGAGGCGAACGACACGGGGUUCUACAUCUCGGCUGAAACCACCGACGAGGCGUGCGCCGACUGCAUCCCCAAGAGGAAGAGGCGCCCGGGCGCCCGCAAAAAGCAACUGCCCAAGCGAGUCAAAGAGGGAAAACAGACUCAGAGAAACGCUGCCAACGCCAGAGAGAGAGCCAGGAUGAGAGUGCUGAGCACAGCCUUCUCCAGGUUAAAAACCAGCCUUCCCUGGGUGCCAUCAGAUACCAAACUGUCCAAACUGGACACCCUCAGACUGGCAGCUAGUUACAUUGCACAUUUAAGGCAAAUCCUGGCCACCGAUAAAUACGAAAAUGGAUACGUCCAUCCGGUAAAUCUGACCUGGCCUUUCGUAGUUUCGGGACGAUCAGACAUGGACAGCAAAGACCUCACAGCUGCGUCCAGACUGUGUGGGACCACGGUGUAGCUGCGACAUCCUCUCACUGCUCCCUGCUCUCUGAGCAGCGUUCCCUGCUGUCUCCCCAGACGGAGCAUGUGGGUCUGCCUCAAGUGGCCGAGUUCCCGCGGUCCAUCACCUUUCGAUGUAAUUCCAGGCUUUCGUCUUUUAACUACACACUUUGCAGGACAAAGCUCUGAUUUGCGGCAAAAAAAAAUGUCUCGAGUUGACGAUGGAUUAGGAAAACAUCAGUGGUAACAGGAUAGCCCAGAGGGUUGUUGACUGGGAGAUACACAGGAUGCAAAAACACACACACACACACACACUAAGGACCAACGGUGGAUGUUUACAUGACAGGAUAUAGGAUAAGGCACGAACAAACUACAGUGAAAGUACACCCAGUAUUAAAACAACCAUUAUUAAUAGAACGUCGCUAGUUUUAAAUCUGAGAUGGAUUAUUUUUUUGUUCAGUAAAAGUAUGAAGGGAUAUGGGACAAAGGAGGCAGCCCACAGAUCAGCCGUGAUUGAAUGGUUGGAGAGACUGAUGGCCCUGAUCCCUGACGAGCAGUAUUAUCUUGCGAUAUAUAAAUUGUGGAAUGAUGACCACAGUGGGUAGCAGAAGGAGCAAUCUAUUUUUCCACAGUACUGCAGAGUUAUUUUUGGAAUUUGAGUCAAGGUGCCAUUGUCCUGCUGGCUUCCAAUAUUUUGUUACAAAUUUGUACCACGCCUAUUGGUUUCACAGGUCGGCGCAACAUCGUGGCCGUUUUCGGGCCUGUACUGCGCUGUAAUGUUUCUACAGCGCACUCACCUCUCAGCCCUGCUUUCCAGGAUUAUGGUUUAUUCAUGAUAGUGUACAGUUUAGUUUUUUAUAUAAAAAUUGAUUUUUUUUUACUGUAGUUUUGUUUGAAAAUAAUUUUAUAUGUGGAAGCAAGAGCACUUUAUAUGUUUGCCAUCAAAAUAUCAAUUACUGGAAGAUUUUACCUUAAAAAGAGCAAUGGAUUUAAGGUUGUUAGCAAUAAUAUCUCAAUUUCAGUGGGAUUUCCAAAUGUUUAAUUCCUAGUUUCUUUUGACCAGAGUGCUCCCAGUUGCUGGAACCAUUUUUCAUCUUUUAAUCGUGACUGAUUAUUUUAGUUUUGAUGUGUGAAUUUGGUAACUUUUUAUUUUGGGAAAAAACACGCUGCAAUGUGUAGGAUCUACAGGAUCCAUUGCAGCCUUCUUUGAUCAUGUCUCAAAUCUGCAGCUUCCAUUACCUAGGCACACAAGGUUUGCAGAUACAUGGGAACACCGUCAUUUCCCAAUUCCCUAUUAAGUCUCACAUCAUCCCAACUUGGACAUAUAUCAUGAUUCCUUCAUUGGCAUUGGGUUAAAAUCUUGCAACUCUUCCCCCAAAAGCAGCACGGCGGCUCAGUGGCUAGCACUGCUGCCUCACAGCGCCAGGGACCUGGAUUUGAUUCCACCCUUGUA